AUGGAUACUUCUAGUCCGUCGAUUCUGCCUCCGACGCAGAGGUACGCUGCCGGAGCAUUGUUCGCGCUAGCUGUUCACCAGGCGCAGAUCCAUCAAACCCGACCUUUGGGCUUGUUCAUCGGGGCAGAGCCCGCGGACGCCGAUAGAGCCAGUUCUUGUAGUAGCAGUAGCGACUCCGUUUCCGAGGACCCUGACCUAUGGGUCCAUGAGAAAUCUGGUCUCCUUCGCAUCGUUUUCAGAUUUCUGGAGAUAGAUACUUCAGCUUGGUCUGGACUGGAGGAGACUGCUGGCUCUGCUGCAUCCAGGCGUCAUAUUGGAGCUUUCUUGAGGUUACUUGCGGAAGAUGGCACAGCCCCUUCUAAAGAUGAAGAUAAAGAGAUUGCUCUGGCAAAAGCUGUUGAUUCUACUGAACAAACCAUGGAAACAAUCCAUGUUUCUUACAUUUCUAAGAAAAAGAAACACAGGGAGUAUGAAAAUGAGUGCCGUGAGAAAUUAGCUUCUGACAAUGGGCAACCUGAUUCUGAUGCUCCAAAUGUACCCUUUCUAACACCACAAGAAAGUGGCAGUAGUUCACCUAAUUAUGAUAGUCCUCAUGGCCUGGAUAAAGACUCUGGGAUCAAAGUUGACGAUAAACCCAUUGAAGAAGUAACGAUGAUUAGUUACCACAGGAAAAUCACAGUUCUUUAUGAGCUUCUCUCAGCUUGCCUGGCAGAUAAACAUGAUGAUAACAAGUCAAGUAAUAGGCACAGAAAGGGCUAUGAUGCUAGGCAUCGUGUGGCUUUGAGAUUGCUGUCGACUUGGCUUGACAUCAGUUGGAUAAAAAUGGAAGCCGUUGAGACAAUGGUAGCUUGCUCGGCAAUGGCUAUACUGAAACAGCAAGAGGCAAAGAGGGAAACCCCAUCAGCUGAAGGAAGAUGGGCAAAAAUCAAGCGUGGCAGUAUCAUUGGUGCAGCUGCAAUAACUGGAGGAGCCCUAAUGGCUGUCACUGGUGGAUUAGCUGCGCCUGCAAUUGCAGCAGGAUUUGGCGCUCUAGCUCCAACACUGGGCACCCUUAUACCUGUGAUUGGAGCAACUGGGUUUGCAGCAGCUGCAACCGCCGCAGGAACUGUAGCUGGUUCUGUUGCUGUUGCUGCAUCCUUCGGAGCCGCCGGAGCUGGACUGGCAGGAACUAAAAUGGCUAGGCGAACUGGUAGUGUGGAGGAAUUUGACUUUAAAGCCAUGGGUGACAGCCAUAACCAAGGCCGGCUGGCGGUUGAGAUCAUGAUAUCAGGAUUUAUUUUCGAUGAGAAGGAUUUCUUCAAGCCCUGGGAAGGACAAAUAGACAACUUGGAGAGGUAUGCGCUGCAGUGGGAAUCUGAGCAUCUAAUUGCAGUGAGCACUGCAAUUCAGGAUUGGCUUACCUCAACAAUUGCAUCACAGUUGAUGAGGCAAGGUGCUAUGAUGACUGUGAUGGCUACACUUAUGGCAGCCUUAUACUUGCCAACAACAUUACUUUCAGCUACUAGUUUCAUAGAUAGUACAUGGACAAUGGCCAUUGACAGGUCCGACAAAGCUGGGAAGCUGUUGGCUGAAGUGCUACUAAAUGGACUGCAAGGGAAUAGGCCUGUGACACUGGUGGGUUACUCACUCGGGGCACGGGUAAUUUUGAAGUGUCUCCAGGCUUUGGCUGAGACAGAACGCAACGCUGAAGUAGUCGAGAGAGUUGUUCUUUUGGGGGCACCUAUCGCUAUUAAAGACGAGAACUGGGAAGCUGCGAGAAAGAUGGUAGCAGGAAGGUUUGUGAACGCUUACUCAACAAACGAUUGGAUGCUUGGAAUUGCUUUCCGGGCAAGUUUGCUUACACAAGGCUUAGCCGGGAUUCAACCAAUAGACGUCCCAGGAAUCGAGAAUGUUGAUGUUACUGAGUACAUUGAAGGCCAUUCGUCGUAUCUCUGGAUUACACAGGAUAUCUUGGAACGCUUGGAAAUGGACACAUAUUUCCCAGUUUUCAGAAACAGCCCCUUGAGUCCCAGUAGGCGCAGCCGUCCCUCCCAAGGACAGGUAUAG